AUGGAUUGCGCGCGCAUCGACCAGACCAUGUCAGCGCCGCAUCACUUGCGGCCUUCUGCGCAGCCGCACAUAUUCUCCAGGUUUCGGCCUGCAGUCUCAGAUCAGACGCAAGCAGAUGGAGGGAGAUCUGUGCCUUUCAACAUGCGCCCAUCAGCUCAGCCUUUCAUUUCAUCCAGGCAGCAGCCAUCCCCUCCUGCUCUGAUGAGCGCAGCUUCUGUCGAGCCACGUGAUGACAUUUGUGCCGUUGUGCAGCCGGCAGAGCUUCGCAGAAGCUGCCCAGCGAGUUCGGCAGCGCGCAAUAGUGAAGCCACCGUCGCGGUAUUCCCAAGUGUCCGGCGGGAAUUCUACCGCCACAUGCCCUCGGUGGGGACGUGGAUUGUCCGUCUUCCAGGAAGACAGGGAGACAAUCUAGGUCUUGGAGAGAGGCUGGCAGAGCUGCCGGGCGUAUCGUUUGGGCUGUCAUCCAAGGGCGGCAAUCACAAGGCCCGCGCAAACGCUCAUUUGGAACAGUUGAUUGCGGCGGCAUCUCCUUCGUUCGACCGUUUCUGGAAUCAAAGGUCACGGCCUAGUGCCAGUGUGACAGUACCACUAUCGGAAGCUGUUCGCUUCAGCCCUUCGGUCGGCACAUGGUUGCUGCAACGCCCUCCAGACGUGAGCAGCCAGCGCCCGAGUGUCCAACAACUCCAACUGCAAGAUGGAAAGGCAGAGGCUCCAUCCCUGCCGGAGCGACCAGAAAGCAGGCCAGAUGGAAGCUUGGACAAGGAGCCAGAGGAGCGCCUGGAGCUGCACUUUUUUCAUCUGGCGCUUAGCAAGGUUGAUCCAAGCGCUUUCAAAAAGGAGCUCAUGUCCGCGUUCCUUAGUAUAGGCUUCUGUCAGGACCUCCUAUCCGGCAUUGUUAUCAACUUGCGUGCAGGCUCAGUCAUUGCAGAUAUCCGGGGCCCCGCAAGCAGUAUGCAGACGCUGAAGUCGUUGCCUGUGUACAGCAUCCGAGUGAUGGGAUGUCAGGCGCAGUCGGCAGCAAGUGCUGCUGCCAUGGCAGCAGGCGCAGGAGUCAUGCCGCCCAAGCUGCCAACACUUCAGGGGCCUGCAAAGGCUGUCGAGGUGUCUGUGGGCCAAUCAGAGCCAGUGCCCAGUUCGGCUGUUCCAAUUUCUGAGACUCCACAAACGUCGGUUAGCGGCUCUCCGUCUGCUCAACUGCCACUUGCUGAGCACUCCCAUCGAGGCACCAGCGCAGAAAGCCGUACUCCGCUCCUAUCCGGCACACCGAACCGCGACAUGGUCUUUUCACCGGACAGAAGAAGCAGGCAGUCGGGAUUUCGAGCUCAUGCCGCUCAACCGACUGAGCGAAGAAAGGCAGGGCCACAACGCUUGCGAGCAAGAGACCGAUGGAAUGUGGAGGAACUGCGUAUAUGCGACAUCAUGUCUCGGUCAUUGGGAUGGACAGGGUCGCAGAUUGACUUGGAAGAGAACGAUGUUGCAGAGAUCCUGGCCGAACUGUAUGGGGAGGAGCUAGAACUCGAUGCCCUUCCUUGGACUUUUCAAUUAGCAAGCCGCGGAGAGACAAGGUGCACCAAUGCAAGUGAUUUGCAUUACGCCCUGCGCGCCCAUCACAUUUGCCGCUUCUUGCCACAGGCAACAAUGCGAACCUUGGCUACAACAAACGUCAGCUCGAGAGGCUGUGUUGAUUGCAAUCUCUUGCGGGACCUGAUGGAGGAGCUCAAUGAUGGUUAUGCUGUCUAUGCCUCACAGGUGAAUACCGUUUUGGAUGAGUCAGAAGCGUUAACAAGCAGCGGGUCCGGAAGUGGCCGGGCAUCGUUGGUACGCGCGAUCUCAGGGUGGUACUUGAAUGUCAUGCGAACCGAAUCGAACUGGGCAGCCACCUUCAGAGCCUGCUACGGCCGCUGGGUCCCUGAGAAUGGAUAUCAUUGGGAGGUCUUCGUACGUUUUCGAACCUCCAUGAAGGAAGCGGAGGAGGCUUUUCACGAAGACGUAUGGCAGGCUGUUUGGGGGCUGCUGCAGUCUGCCAUUCUUUUGCUUGCGCUCAUUUUCCCAACCAUGUUCUUUGCUUGGUUGGUGGUGCUCGGAGCGGAGCAUGGAGAUGACCGGUGCCCAAAGGACCUUGACGGGCUGAUUACUUGGUUCGGAAUGCUUGGUUUAGCGCUGAUUGUGGUUGGCUUUGUUGACGGUCGGUUAGCAUAUGAUGAUGUCGUCAAAACCUCUCACAUUGGAUUGGGGCUGACGCUGGUCUUGAUGGCGUUGCCAUGGGUUGGAGCCUUUUGGACCUUCCACCUCGGCAGCAAUGACCAACAAACCUGUGGCUUGUUCCUGACUGGGGCAAGCUCGCUGCUUUGGACUGUAUGCAUAGUGUCCGAAUUGGUUCUUGGCUUUGCAUUUCUAUGGCAUUUGGCCGUGUAUCAGGAAUAUGAGAUGACGCUGCAGCAGGGCAAUCCUGAGCAUUCAACAAGCCACGGCAACCGUUUGCGUCAAGAUGGAAGGCCGGCAAGUCGCUCAUCAGAACCAUAA